AUGCCAGUUGCUAAUGACGAUGAAACUUUGCCACUUCUUGGAAAUAUUGGCCAAAGUGGCGGUCAAGAUUCCAAUGUCAGUUUGGGGAAAAGAUUACAUCAAAUAGUGAAGAAGUACCGGCUUGAUGUCUGGAUUCCCAUUAUAAUUCUUAGUUCUGUCCUAAUUGGCAUAGCUGUUAUAUUUUUCCACUCCAUUAUACCAGAUAUAGGACAAUACGCUGUUGAAGGAACUGAUUUCGAAGCGGAAGACAUUAACUUUCUUGGGAUUUCGUCAUCAGGUGGUGUAAACCUUGAGCUGACUGGAACAGCACACAAUAAUUUUACAAACAUAAAUGAUAAGAGAGCAAGAUCUUAUUUCAGGUACGGAGGUUUUGUUAUCAGAAGAUUAAACAUGCAAAUAGAUGAUAUCGAUAUGCUCGUUUAUGAUUCCAAGCUGGAUGAUUAUAAUCGCUUGGGAUCUGUUCAUAUUGCACCUUUUUCGGUUAGUACGGUCGAUAAUUCAGAUAGCAAAAUGGAUUUGUAUUUCACUCUUUAUCCCGAUUCCAAAGGUGUUCUAGGUACGGUGAAGAAGCUUUUAAAGGAUCCAAAUACACAACUUAAAUUACAGGGUGAUGCAAAUGUUAAGAUACUUUUCAUGAACGGAUAUAUUACAUUGACACAUGUUAGAAUUCCGAUUGAUUUGAAAAUACCGAAGAAUUUAUUGGAAUUACCAGAAGAACAAGACAUAAAUAUGAAUUCUAUCAGCUGCGGUAAGGAUAAGGAGGCUCUUACAAUAUCCUGUUCAUUUGGAGUAUCUGUGGCUGAAAAUCCGUUUGAGAAAUUAAUAAAUAUUUUGGGGCUAAAAAUGAUAAAUAUCCCGGGAUCAACCUGGAGAUUGCUAGCUAAAGGAUGCAAGAAGGACGAGAAAAGCAAUACCGGAACAUUGAAGAUUGAUUCAUUUUUAUUAUCAGAAAUGAACUCUACCCUCACCGUUUCAAGUACUCUUGAUAUUGCUGAUUCCGAUAUUCAAAAGUUUUCAUCUAAAUGCAAGAAUGAGAAAUUUUCGGCUUUAGAUAAAUUCGUUGAAGAUCUUAGAUACAAUGAUAGGGUUGUGUUCGAUUUACGCGGUAAGAGCCUCCCUGGAUUUUCAGAUGAGGUUUCACAAGCUUUCAGGAAGAUCAGCAUUCCAAUUGAUAUUCCAUUAAAUUUUACUGAGAAAACCGCCAAUCUUGUGAAAAAUGUAACUAUGACAGAUUUACAUUUUAGGUUGCAAGAUUUACAGACGCCAAUUGUUAGUGGCAUUCUAAACGUCUGGGCGGACCUGCAAGGGUUGGAAAUAGAUGACAUGGGUGUAAAUGCACUUAAAGGUAACGCAAACCUAAAGUAUCAGGGAGAUAAGUUUGGCCAGAUAGUUAUUGGUAACUGGCGAAAUGCGACAACUACAAUUUUUCAUCCGGAGACAGGGAAAACAUUGGCAUUUAUAUCUUCGGAGCUCAAGGACAUGGUGAUUGAUAUCACUGAUUCUUCUGUUUUCAAUUCACUGAUUAUGCAAGCUAUGCAGGAUGGUCAAAGCGAAAUAUUCAUUGAUGCACUUGUGGACUUGAAGAUGCAAUCGCCAGUUGGAAAUUUUGUGAUUCAGGAUAUACCAGGGUCGGGAAAGGCACAUUUUAGCAUAUAA